AUGGAAGUAAAGGAAUGUUUUGGUUUUCUUGAAAGAGCCGAUGGGCAAGAGUUUCAAAACCUCUACUACUAUAUACCUAACAUUCCUUUAUCUAAAGGGAUUCGUUUCAUAGUAGAUGAGUUGGAUUAUACCCAAUUUAUAGAUAUCAGGUAUGAUAAUAGGAAAAUUUCACUUUAUGUUGAUCAUGAUGGGAAUGGUUUGGAGGGAUGGUGGGAUGAUGAAAUGAAUCUAGUUGUUAGUGAAGAUGAAAGUGGCCUUCAAGAUGAAGGUCGUGAGUUUGUGACGGGGGAUUAUGUACUUGAAGCCGUUGAUGCUUAA